CGCUGAGGAGCUCCUGCCAGAUGACAGACAAGCUCUUUCUCGGCCAGCCUCGGUGCCCCUCCUUCCGAUGCGAGCCUUCGGUUCCUUCGGUUUUCUUUCGAGAAUACCAAUCCUUCGGGCCGCACGACCAUUUCAAGCCACACAGCGUCGCGCCCUGAGCGGAUUGAGAGGACUGCGGAACAUGGACUACGACAGGAUCUUGCAGGGCAAGUACCCCGCCAAACGGCACGCGAAGCGCGUUGUCGACUACAUCCGCACAAAGGUGCCGGAUGCGACGGGCGUCAUCUACCUCGAAAGCCGCAUGACCAAGCUGCUCGAGGACAACGAUGAGCCCGAACCGUUCCGGCAGCGCCGCUUCUUCUACUACCUCACGGGCUGUCCCCUGGCCGAUUCCUUCCUAGUCCACGACAUGGACUCGGCCAAGACGACCCUCUUCAUCCCCCCAAUCGACCCUGACAGCGUCAUCUGGUCUGGCCUGCCCGUCUCCGCCCAGGAAGCUCUGGAGAAAUGGGACGUGGACGACGUCAAGUACACGAACGAGAUCAACGCCGAGCUGGCCCACCUCGCCAAACAAAAGUCCAAGGCUACCGUCUUCGCGAUCCCGGGCCAAGUGUCAGAUCAGGUCACCUUUCUCGGCUUUGGGGAAACCAACUUCGACGUCCUCAAGCAGGCGAUCGAGGUCUGCCGCGUCGUCAAGGACGAGUUCGAGCUCGCCUUGAUGGCCAAGGCCAACGCCGUCAGCGCCGACGCCCACCACGCCGUCAUGAAGCAGGUCAGGCACGCCAAGAACGAGCGCGAGCUCGAGGCCACCUUCCUCGCUUCCAGCAUUUCCGCCGGCGCCCGCGAACAGGCAUACCACGGCAUCUUUGCCAGCGGGAGGGCCGCCGCGACGCUGCACUAUGUGCACAACGACAAGCCGCUGGCCGGCAAGCUCAAUUUGCUGCUGGAUGCCGGCGCCGAGUGGAACUGCUAUGCCUCGGACAUCACCCGGACCUUCCCCAUCAACGGCAAGUUUAGCAAGGAAAGCAGGGAAAUCUACGAUAUCGUGCUCAAGAUGCAGCUCGAGUGCAUCGCCGCGCUCAAAGAGGACGUGCUGUGGGAAGACGUGCACGUGCUAGCCCACAAGAUUGCCAUCGAUGGCCUCCUCAAGCUGGGGAUCCUGAAGGGCGACAAGGACGAGAUCCUCGCAAACAGGACGAGCGUCGCCUUCUUCCCGCACGGCCUGGGACAUUACCUCGGAAUGGACACCCACGACACCGGCGGCAACCCCAACUACGCGGACAAAGACCCCCUGUUCCGCUACCUGCGUAUCAGGGGGAAGGUGCCGGCGGGGAGUGUGGUGACGGUCGAACCGGGCAUCUACUUCUGCAACUUCAUCAUUGACCCCUUCCUCAAAGACCCCAAGCACUCCAAGUACAUCGACGCGGACGUCCUGGAGAAGUAUUGGGAUGUCGGUGGUGUUCGCAUCGAAGACAAUCUCGUCAUCACCAAGACCGGGGCUGAGAACUUGACGACCACGUUGAAAGACCCAGAUGAGGUUGAAAGGCUCAUCUCUAGCAGUUAGAUUGGCAUAUUAUCAUAAUCAAAUCUAAUCCGCGUUCUGCGUCUGUGCGGAGAGAAGGAUGAUCCAACUCUGGUAAAUGUGACUGAAACCCCCACAGCUGUUGUUUUUUCAAGCUACCUUAAUUAAUUAAUCAGGCGUUGCAAAACUCUAGCGUGAAAACUCGUGUUCGUCAAGGGGCCAAAGACCGCUACAACAUGUAAUAGUUGUUCAUCGGAAUCUUUCUCAUGUUAUUUUUCUUAUAAAACGAAGUAAUUUGCAUCCAAGCCCAGAAAAAGACGAUCAAUAUUAUUAUAACACGCCCAUGUUUUCCACUUUAUCGCUCC